ACUUAAGGCGCCCGCUGAAGUUUUUUUCAUGCAGAUCUGGCAACCCAGCGAGGCGCCGCGCGCUUCACGCGCACUGAUGAUCAUUCCCAGCUGAGCGAUGCAGGGAAUAAAGGUCGGAAUUAAACGGUUAGAAAUAUGAAGGUCAUCAUGCGUGUGAGGAGGGUGAAGAUUUUGGUGGGUUUUGUGAUACUAGGACUGUUAUUAGCUGUUCUCUUUCUUCAUCGGACCCCAAGUGCUCCAACUGUGACACACAGUCAAAAAAGACUAAACUCCACUAUAGAGAAGCUUCUUGAACGUAAUGAACAGUUGAAGAACAGUGACAACAGUAUUCCCUACCACCUCAAAGAAACUACAGCACGAAAUGAAUGUGUUUGUAAAGGAGACGCAUGGCAUGUUAAUGUGCCAUUUGGUCAUCUGUUUUUUCCUUGGGUGGAUGCUGAGGAGUUGCAAAAUGCAUUCAGAGCCUCAGAGUUGGAGGAAAUAAAGCGGCGUCGACAACAGGAGUACAAGAAGUUCCUGAGGAGAUCACAAACAGCAGCAAACCUUCUCAUUGUUGCUGCGGCCAACAUUCCUCUUCAGUACCCCACCCAGGGUGUGGAGGUCCGUCCAAAAAAGUCCAUUUUAAUUCCCGGGUUGGGUCUGAUACUGAAGUCAAGAAAGGUUUAUUCAGUUAGUUUAACUGCCAGCAUGGGGACAUUUGACGUAACAGCCUUGGUGGAUGAGGUCAGCAGAAGCGGAGAAGGAAAAAUGCACAUAACUCUCUCCAGCCCACUUCUAUCUGCACUUAACAGACAGCUUCAGUUCAUUACUUAUACAAACACAAUUUUUCAUCCCAAUACUGCAGACAUAGUGCAAUUUCAAACUGAAGGAUUCCAAGCAGCCUUCACCAUUAAAAUCCGACAUGAAACGACUCCUAAACUCUACGAUCCUGGACCUACUGGACCUAAAGGAGAAUACAACAUAAGCACACUUGUCACCAUUGCUACAAAAACAUUUCUGCGUUAUGACAAGCUUCAGGAUUUGAUUGACAGCAUUCGACAGUUCUAUCCAACGGUCACAAUAGUUAUAGCUGACGACAGCGAGCAUCCUAAGCCUGUAACUGGCCCUUACAUAGAGCACUACAUCAUGCCUUACAAAAAGGGUUGGUUUGCUGGACGUAAUCUUGCUGUCUCUCAGGUGACGACUAAGUAUGUACUUUGGGUGGAUGAUGACUUCAUCUUCACCUCUAAAACAAGGUUGGAGAAAAUGGUGGAUGUUUUAGAGCGCACCACUUUAGAUCUGGAUCGUUGAAGUGGAUGUGUGCUGGCUCUUCCAGAAACAGAAGAUCAGGAAAGUUCCUGGCCCAAACAGUGUCUAACCCACCUGUCUAAAAGUCCGCGCUGACCAGCUGUCACCCAUCAUCACCUAGAACUUCAACAGAUCUCUGGAGCAGUGUAAUUAAAUUACACUGCUCCAGAGAUCUGGAGCAGUGCAAUUAGUAAUUGCACUGAAUUAAAAUUUUACUCUGUGAAGGUCCCCCCUCUCAGUUUUCUCUGAUGACAUCUAAGACACCACAGUUUCUGAUUAGAACAUACCAAAAUGUGAAAAACUUGCAAAGGUCGGAAAACUUUUCAUAUGCACUCAACAUAAUCAGAAGCGGGUUUCCCCAGUAUUCAAACUGGGAAAUCACGCUAGAGAGAUCUGGAGCAGUGCAAUUAGUAAUUGCACUGAAUUAAAAUUUUACUCUGUGAAGGUCCCCCCUCUCAAUUUUCUCUGAUGACAUCUAAGACACCACAGUUUCUGAUUAGAACAUACCAAAAUGUGAAAAACUUGCAAAGGUCGGAAAACUUUUCAUAUGCACUCAACAUAAUCAGAAGCGGGUUUCCCCAGUAUUCAAACUGGGAAAUCACGCUAGAGAGUUUGCUCUUUCAUUACUGUAAAUAUGUUUACAACAAAUGGUUCAUUUUUAGAUUUUGGCCAGAGUGCCCCUUGAAAUCACUUCCUCUUCACCAACACGUGUCCACACUGGAUAAUCAACCUAGUGCAUAUUAAUUUCAGUGUGUUCUCUCUCUGAGAUCUUUGCAUAAUACUACAGCUUUUUUUGUUUGUCUUGCACUCACCUUAAACUAUAAAGUGCCUUUACAGUCUCAGUUAAGUGCCUUUGUCAUUUAAUGCACCUUCACAUUGUCUUAUUAUAUUAUAGACAUCUCAGAUAUUUUCCUUUUCUGUUAACUUUGUAUUUGAAUUGUCAUUAUAUAAUUUUAUGUCCAUUACCUACAGUAUAAUCUAAUUUCAUUCAUGAGAUUAUAGCUGUGGCUAUUGUCAUUGUUUGCUAACUAGGGUUGUUUUUAUACAUAAUGGAGUGCAACAAACUGUUUUGUGACUCAAAAUUGGCAGUUUACUUAAUCAUGUAAUAUUACAGCAUUAGAAAUGACUGUCCUCAAGGCUAAUUUACUAUUAAAGUAGUAAUGCUGUAGAUUUGAAAAGGGCAGUCUCACACCCCACACCCGCUCUGAUCUUCUCGCCACACAACUGUUAACACCUCCUGCUACCCCCCUCUCCCCCUUCCUGCUACUCAACCUGCACUUAGGAUCGUUGAAGUGGAUGUGUGCUGGCUCUUCCAGAAACAGAAGAUCAGGAAAGUUCCUGGCCCAGACAGUGUCUAACCCACCUGUCUGAAAGUCUGCGCUGACCAGCUGUCACCCAUCAUCACCUAGAACUUCAACAGAUCUCUGGAGCAGUGUAAAGUUCCUUCCUGCUUUAAAUGCUCCAUCAUCCCCGUCCCAAAGAAACCCAAGAUCACAGGACUGAAUGACUACAGACCUGUUGCUUUGUCAUCUUUGGUCAAGAAAUCAUUUGAAAGACUGGUGUUGGCCCACCUUAAGGACAUCACUGGACCCUUGCUGGACCCCACAAAGAGUCUGCAUGCAGAACGGAGGUUGAACAGCUGGCUGUCUGGUGCAGUCAAAACAACAUGUAACUGAACAUGCUCAAAACAGUGGAGAUGAUCACGGACUUCCUGGACAGCACUGUGGCCGCCAUGGAGUCCUUCAGGUUCCUGGGCUCUACCAUUUCACAAGAUCUGAAGUGGGAGACCCACACAGACUCCAUUGUGAAAAAGGCCCAGCAGAGGCUUACUUCCUUUGCCAGCUGAGGAAGUUCAACCUGCCACAGGAGCUGCUGACUCAGUUCUACUCAGCUGUCAUUGAGCCUGUUAACUUAACAGCAUGUCUGGUUUGGUUCAGCUACCAAAGCGGACAUAAGAAGACUACAAUGGACAGUCUGGACUGCUGAAAGGAUUAUUGCUGCUCUUCUGCCCUCCCUCCCUCCAGAAUGAGGAAAUGGAUAGUAAAUAACAUCUCAGACCCCACUCAACCUGAAUAGACUCUUAUGUCCAAUUGUAAAUUUGCUCCUAUUUAUUCCAUUACCUGUAUAUAUCCUUACUUUCUGUAAAUUGCAUAGCUGUACAUACCAUCUGUACCAUGUCUAUUCUGCAUUAAACUUAUUGUGUCUUCUUCUUCUUCUUUUUUUUUAAUUCUUAUUAUGUGUCUUCCUGUCACAUUUGUGUACAUACUGGAAGCUUCACUUAUCAAGUCAAAUUCCUUGUGUGUGAGCACACUUGGCAAUAAAGCUCAUUCUGAUUCUGAUUCUUAAUUAAUUUAUGAAUUAAAUGUUGACACAAAAUGUUUGUCUAUUUGAAUAUGACCUAUCUAUGGUAAGUGUGUUUGUGUGCACGC